AUGGAUCCUUCGAACUCCGUCAAUGGCUUCUACAAUUUCCUUACACGGGGCAUAGACGACCUCGAACGUGUGUUCUGUUCGAGCAGUUUCAUGUCUGUCCAAUUCUUACAGAGGGCUUUGGCCCUUUUGAGGUCUCUCCACAGCCAGAUGACGCUUUUGGUCCAGAAGCUCCACUUGCCCGUCGGCGAGAAGUGGCUCGACGAGUACAUGGACGAAAGCUCCAAGCUUUGGGAGGUCUGCCACGUCCUCAAGAAUGGAGUUUCGGGCCUCGAGAGUUACUACGCUUCGGGCCUCAACGUCGUCGCCUCUCUCGACGGCCAUCGCCGCCUGAGCGCGCAGGUUUCCCGUCAGGUUAUCCGGGCCAUAUCGGGCUGCAGAAGGGAAGCAGUGGGCCUGGAGCAAGAAAACCGGUCCCUAAUGGAAACAAGAAUCGAGCCCCUCUCGUUGAAAUUCGACGAGAAAGUCGCAGUCGAGUCCAAGCUCAACGGGUUCAAUGGGUUCCGAGGCGUGCUAUACGCCAUGAGGAACGUGAGCUCACUCUUGCUCACGAUCCUGCUGCACGGGCUCGUCUAUUGCUGGCCCCACCCGAACCUAUCGACAAACGGGUACGAACAAGGGAGGCUGUUUUUCGGGUCGGCCUUCAUGAUAUCCACGGCCCGUUUGCACCAGCGGGUCGUAUCUGAGAUUGACCAGGUCACUGGUCGGGCCGGAGUUCUGCUUUACGAGUUCAGGAGGUCGAGGGCUGCCAUGGAUGAGCUGAGGGGUGAGCUUGAGAGGAGGUGCUCACAGGGGACUGUGGUUGAGUUGGAAGCUGAGGUUGGGUUGAGGGAGAGGGUUGAGGGGCUCAAGUGCAAUUUUGGUAACUUGAGGGCUGGGACUGAGAAUAUUAUUGGGCAGCUUGAUGAUUUCUUUGAUGAGAUUGUUGAGGGUAGGAAGAAGCUCUUGGAUUUCUGCAGCCAUAGGUAG